GGAGCAUAAGAUCAUGUAUCUGGUCCGGCCCACAUUGGUAGACAGGCAGGGAUAUUGUUGGUUACGUUUAGGGUGGCUUCUCGGGCCCGUGGGCCGGUUGCCAUGCCCGGCUCUGUUUACCCUUCCUGCAUAUGUAUGCCAUGCAUCCGAAUUUGUGUUCUCCCCGGCCCCACAAACCCCAAAAAAGAGCCGGCGCCAACUUCCCUGCCGUCUCUUCUCAUCUAUAUAUUCGAGCGCCGCGUCUCCCACCCAUCGACCAAUCGCUCGAUCUAUAGACCUAGUUCGACAGGAGCGAUCUGCACACACGCGCGUAGGAGAUCGAUCGAGAUGGCAACCAGCAGCAGCGGCAACACGACGGUGACUCUCCGCAGCUCGGACGGCGAGGAGUUCGUGGUCCAGGCGGACACGAUCGCGGCGGCGUCGGUGCUGAUCAAGAACAUGCUGGAGGAAGGCUGCGCCGCCGGCGCGAUCCCGCUGACCCAGGUGACGGGCCGCAUCCUGGCCCGCGUCGUCGACUACUGCAACCGCCACUACGCCGACGCCGACGCGGCCGCGUACGUCGUGAAGACCACCUUCUCGUCGGGCGACCCCGACCUGGAUCGGUUCGACACCGACUUCGUCAGCGGCGUCGACCAGGACACGCUCUUCGACCUCCUCCUCGCCGCCAACUACCUCGAGGUGCAGGGCCUCCUUGACCUGGCGUGCAAGACGGUGGCCGACCAGAUGAGGGGCAAGACGGUCGAGGGCAUGCGCGCGCACUUCAACAUCCUCAACGACUACACCAAGGAGGAGGAGGCCCAGGUCCGCAGCGAAGUUGCAUGGGCCUUCGAAUGAGUAGACGCCUAGACGGACACGCAUCGUCACUGCCUUCACAGGCAUGGGCCUUCGAGUAGACGUACGGGCAAAUCACUGGCCAUCACUUUUCUUUUUCUUUGGGGGAUUUGCUGCUGCCAUAAACUAGCAUUGAUAGUUCUUAUACACAUUUAAUGGGAGCGCUUAUAUGUCAGUCACCUGAAAU